UGAAAGCUCCAGCGAUCAAUGUGAUGUGUCGUUCUCUUUUCAUUCGCUAAUCUGAGUUUAAUAAAGCCAAAAAUGUCAGACAAACCCGUUCUCUACUACACACCCCGCAGUCCCCCUUGCCGAGCCGUGCUGCUGACAGCCGCCGCCUUGGGGCUGGAGCUGGAUUUACGCGCUGUUAAUGUAAAGGCGGGAGAGCACCUGACGGCGGAGUUUCUCAAGCUAAAUCCGCAGCACACGAUUCCGGUUCUAGACGACAACGGCACCGUGGUGAGCGACUCGCACAUCAUCUGCAGCUAUCUGGCGGACAAGUUCGGAGGCGCAAGCGACUCCCUGUACCCGAGGGACCCCGCACAGCGGCGCACAGUGGACGCGCGUCUCUACUACGACUGCGGGCACAUCUUUCCCCGCAUCCGGUUCAUCGUGGAGCCCGUUAUCUACUUUGGGGUAUCCGAUGUGCCCGCCGACCGCGUCGUCUAUCUGCAGAAGGCCUACGACGGCCUCGAACACUGCCUGGCUAGCGGCCCCUACCUGGCUGGCGACAAACUGACCAUCGCGGACCUGUGCUGCAUUGCCUCGGUGUCAACGGCCGAGGCGUUCGCCCCCCUCGAGGCGGCCAAGUAUCCCCUCCUCGCUGAGUGGGUGAAGCGCCUGCAGGCCCUGCCCUACUACCAAAAAAGCAAUCAGGAAGGUUUGGACUUGCUGGUGAAUCUGGUCAAGGGCCUGCUCGCGGAGCGUCAACAGAAGCAUACUUGAGUAGUCCAUCCAGAACAAUCAAUCAAUAUUAAAUGUAAUAAAAGCGGAGGCCAUGCAUCAUGCUCCUAUCAGCACACAACAA